UGAGGACUAAUCCAGCGCGUGUUUCCCACAGGCAGUAGCCCCGGCUGGGUGCAGCGGGCUCAGGCUGACUGAGCAUGGGGGAGCAGCUGCCGCCGCUGCUCUCCGGCUGCCCUUGCACCGCGCCCGCCGGCCGCUUCGCCCCGGGGCUCUGCCCUUUCUCAGCCUGAAGGGCGCCCGCACCUUGUGGACCCGGGCGGGGAGGGGGCUCUGAAGCAGUCGGGCUCCGCUGCGUGCAUCUUGCGGCGGCGGCGGCGGCAGCGGCUCCUGCGGCCGGUGCUUCUCCUGCUCCCCCUCACCCUCGCUUUGCAGCUCAGCCCGGCCCCGGGGAGCAGAGCCUGAUCUCUGCCAACCUGCCGCUGCGGGCGGGUCGCAGCCCUGCUGCUGGGCUCCAACUUUUAUUCCUUGUUCGGGGGGGAAGGGGCGCCUCCUGCCCAGCCACCCACACCCCGUGCUUUGCCGCUGCCGCCGUGUUUUGCAUGGAUGCACCAUGGCCACGCUGGUUUGCAGGGUGCAGUUCUUAGAUGACACCGACCCCUUCAAUAGCACCAACUUCCCCGAGCCCACCCGGCCCCCUCUCUACACCUUCAGGGAGGACAUCGCGCUCGUCACCCAGCUGGCCGGGGUGCACCGCCUGCUCAGAGCCCCGCAUAAGCUUGAUGACUGUACACUGCAACUGUCCCAUAAUGGUACCUAUCUGGAUUUAGAAUCCACCUUAGUGGAGCAAAGGGAUGAAUUGGAAGGUUUCCAGGAAGAUGCUGGGAGGGGCAAGAAGCACAGUAUAAUUCUGAGGACACAGCUCUCAGUGAGAGUCCACGUCUGCAUUGAAAAACUCUACAACUCCAGUGGACGGGAGCUGAGACGGGCCCUUUUCUCUUUGAAACAAAUAUUUCAGGAUGACAAGGAUUUGGUUCAUGAGUUUGUUGUGGCUGAAGGCCUGACUUGCUUGAUAAAAGUGGGAGCUGAGGCAGACCAGAACUAUCAGAACUACAUCUUAAGAGCUUUGGGCCAGAUUAUGCUGUAUGUAGAUGGGAUGAAUGGAGUAAUAAAUCAUAAUGAAACCAUCCAAUGGCUGUACACUCUCAUUGGGUCAAAGUUCCGUCUGGUGGUAAAGACAGCACUGAAACUGCAGCUGGUGUUUGUGGAGUAUACGGAAUCCAAUGCACCACUUUUAAUCCAGGCAGUAUCCACAGUAGAUGAGAAGAGAGGAGCCAAGCCAUGGUCCAACAUUAUGGAGAUCCUGGAGGAAAAGGACGGGGUUGACACUGAACUGCUGGUUUAUGCAAUGACCUUAGUUAACAAGACGCUGUCGGGGUUGCCAGAUCAGGACUCUUUCUAUGACGUGGUGGACUGUCUGGAAGAGCUAGGCAUCGAAGCUAUUUCACAGAGACACUUGAACAAGAAAGGAACAGACUUGGACUUAGUUGAGCAAUUUAACAUUUAUGAGAUGACACUGAGACAUGAGGAUGGAGACGAGACUGCUGAUCCCCCACCCAAUGGGCGCAAAGACAGAAGAAGGGCCAGUCUUGGCUCCAGUGAACGAAGGGGAUUAGAGCGCAGGAGAAGCCGCAGACAUUCAGCCCAGAGCAUCAAAAGCACUUUAUCAGCUCCUGCAAGUCCUUGCAGUCAGUCGAGUCCAAGCUUCAUGUUAGGCCAUGGGCAGCGUAUUGAAGAUCUUAGUGAGAAUGAAUUCGAGCCUGAGGGCCUCGUGGUCUUACAGGCUGAUGACAAGGAUGACAGUGCAUUUGAAGCUGAACUUCAAACAUCUUCAAUAGAGGAGAAGGAGUAUGAAGAAGAGGAAGAGGAGCAACCAGUCACAGAGCCUAAUACUGAGGAUGAGGGGGAGGAAGAGGCCAGUAGGCAGGUCAAACCCAGUGAGAUCCCAGACGUAAACCUGGUUGCAAAUGAAAAGCUGCAGAAUGAGAAUCAGAGUUCUGAUUCUUCAGCCGUCUCAAGUGCAGUUUCUCAAGCCGAGAGGCCUCCCUCAUGCUCUAAAGCCAAGAGUCCGUCCAGCAGCUCAUCUUCUGUGCCUGAUUCAUCUGUCUCACUCCAUUAUUCUGUUUAUUCAUCACCAUCCUCUCCUGCAUCAGUCUCACUUAACUCCUCCCAAAAUUCAUCAGCAUCUAUUACUCCAAAGGCAUCUCCAACUGUAGAGAAAUUGCCUUAUGUACCACAUAGCCCUUUUCACCUUUUCUCCUAUGACUUUGAAGAGUCUCCAGCAACUGUUACAGAAAAGGAAGCAGAGGUUAUCAGGGAAAACAGAAACAGUAGCUAUGGCAACAACUCUUAUUCCUCUACAAGACCUUAUUCUGGAAUCAGUGCACCUACCACACCCAUUUCUCGUUAUGGGACAACUCUGUCACCACCUCAGGAGACCAAAUCUGAAAGGCCAGCAUUGGGUGGUCUCCUUACAUCAUCUUAUCGGCAGCACCAAGAAUCCUUGGCAGCGGAAAGAGAGAGGCGACGUCAGGAGAGAGAAGAGAGGUUGCAAAGGAUAGAGCGGGAAGAAAGAAACAAAUUCAACCGUGAUUAUUUAGACAAAAGAGAGGAACUAAAGCAAGCAAGAGAAGAGAGAUACAAAUACUUGGAGAAGUUGGCAGCUGAGGAGUAUGAGAAGGAGCUGAAAAGUCGGAGUAUAUGCCGAGGCAGAAGUGAGCUGUCCUUGAACUUGAGCUCUCCUUCGGCCCCAUCCUCUCCCAUUCCCAAGUGCAUCAGCCCAGCAUCCGUAGAGUCCCAGGAGGAGCUGAAGACCCCUUCAACACCCCGUGGGACACCUCAGCCCCCUGAAGUGAGUGCCAGUGAACCUGAACCAGAACCUGAGCCAGAGACAAAACCAGAACAGGAAACUGAGGCAGAGGCCGAGCAGGGAACGGAGACACCACAGGAAGUAGAGGCUACGGAGGUGGGACCAGAGAGUGAGGUGGAGCAAGGUCCUGAGCGAGAGCCAGAAGACAGUGCAAUACUCAGUGAAAAAGAGAGGCAGAAUGAGGAAGUGAAUGAAAAAGACAACUGCUCUGCAUCCAGCAUAUCCUCAGCAAGCAGCACUUUAGAGAGGGAAGAAAGAGAGGACAAGUUAACCAGUGACAAUGAAACUGGUACGUGGUCACAAACUAUUCAAGAUGCUGGUGUGAAUGAGCAGUGCAGCAACAUUCUCAACAACAAACGGUUCAUGCUGGAUAUGUUGUAUGCCCAUAACAAGAAGCCCAAGGAUGAAGAGGAGAAAGAGCUGGAGGAGAAGGAGGAGGAAAAGAAGGAGACGGAGGAAAGUGAUGAGUCAAUCACCAGCCUAGCCAAUAGGAUCUCUAUCCUGCAGGCCAGCAAGCAGGCCACAGAUGAAAGUGUCAAAAAGAUGGAGAUUGGAAAUCUGGAUAAUCAAGGCAGCGUGAAAGCCUUUGCAGAAAAAUUCAACAAUGUUGAGCUGGCCAAGGGGACAGUAUUGCCUGAGGGUGAGCUCGAUGAAAAGGUCCCUGAGAAAACACCGGCACAGCCCAAGAAGGAAUCUGAUUACAUUUGGGAUCAGCUCAUGGCUAAUCCUAGAGAACUUAAAAUCAAAGACAUGGAUUUUACAGACUUGGGGGAUGAGGAUGAUGUAGAUGUGUUGGACAUUGAUAUGGGUCCUGGGGACUCCCUAAUUCCCCCUCCCCCACCUCCACCUUCCUUUUUGGGUUUGCCUCCUCCACCACCUCCCCCUCUGUUUGGAUGUCCACCUCCACCCUCUGGUAAUUUAUUGGCUCCUCCUCCACUGUUCAGCACUCCUCAGGGUUCAGGGUCACCCCAGGUUUCUAGGGGUCAGCCAGCAUUCAUGAAGAAGAAGAAAACCAUCCGUCUGUUUUGGAACGAGGUACGGCCAUUUGAGUGGCAGUGUAAAAAUAACAAACGCUGUAAAGAAUUCCUGUGGUCGAAACUGGAACCCAUUAAGGUGGACACUUCCAAACUGGAGCACCUCUUUGAGUCUAAAUCCAAGGAACUGCCAGUCACAAAGAAAACUGCUGCAGAUGGAAAGAGACAAGAGAUCAUUGUGUUAGACUCAAAACGAAGCAAUGCUAUUAAUAUUGGACUGACAGUGUUACCCCCGCCAAGGACCAUCAAGACUGCUAUUUUGAACUUUGAUGAAUAUGCCUUAAACAAGGAGGGAAUAGAGAAAAUUUUAACUAUGAUUCCUACCGAGGAAGAAAAACAGAAGAUCCAGGAGGCCCAGAUGGCAAACCCUGACAUCCCACUGGGCAGUGCAGAGCAGUUCCUUCUCACUCUCUCCUCGAUUAGUGAGCUCUCUGCUAGACUCCAGCUUUGGGCUUUCAAAAUGGAUUAUGAGCUAGUGGAAAAGGAAGUUGCAGAACCACUGUUAGACCUGAAGGAAGGAAUGGACCAGAUGGAGCAUAAUAAAACCUUGGGAUUUAUCCUUUCUACUUUACUAGCCAUUGGGAACUUUCUAAAUGGAACCAAUGCCAAAGCUUUUGAGUUAAGCUACCUCGAGAAGGUUCCGGAAGUCAAGGACACUGUGCAUAAGCAGUCGCUCCUGCACCAUGUCUGCACUAUGGUGGUGGAAAAAUUCCCAGACAGCACAGAUCUUUAUUCAGAAAUUGGGGCUAUCACUAGGUCAGCCAAGGUUGACUUUGAACAACUUCAGGACAACUUAUGUCAGAUGGAGAAAAGGUGCAAAGCAUCAUGGGAUCAUCUUAAGGCUAUAGCAAAGCAUGAAAUGAAGCCAACGCUGAAGCAAAAAAUGUCUGAGUUCCUUAAAGACUGUGCAGAAAGAAUCAUAAUUCUGAAGAUUGUUCACAGAAGAAUAAUUAACAGGUUCCAUGCAUUUUUGUUAUUUAUGGGUCAUCCUCCUUACGCAAUCCGUGAAGUCAACAUCAAUAAGUUCUGCAAAAUUAUUAGUGAAUUUGCUUUAGAGUAUCGCACCACCAGGGAACGAGUUUUGCAGCAGAAGCAGAAACGCGCCAACCACAGGGAAAGAAACAAGACCAGGGGGAAAAUGAUCACAGAUACCGAUGAAGAGGAGGAUAUAGAGUCUGGAAAGUUCUCCAGCAACUCCACCCCAUCUCAGAGCCAGCCCCAGGGUUUGCAGUAUGCUGAAGAUGCAGCAGAGCACGAGAACAUGAAGGCUGUGCUGAAGACCUCCUCCGGCAGUGGGGAAAGCACCACUGCGCUAGGUGUUCGCACUCGAAGCAGAGCCAGUAGAGGCCGUAUCGGUUCAUGGAAUGCUGCUGGUGAUGAUUCACCUAAUGCUACAGAUGAUGCAGCUGAUGAGAUCAUGGAUCGCAUUGUAAAGUCAGCCACCCAAGUGCCAAGUCAGAGAGCAGUGCCUAGAGAGAGGAAGCGGUCACGAGCAAACAGGAAGUCAUUAAGAAGAACACUAAAGAGUGGACUGACACCAGAAGAAGCCAAAGCACUGGGCCUCAUCAGCACCUCUGAGAUGCAGGUGUGAAAUCCUCAAAGGUGGCUACAAGCAAAACCAUCAUCGGUGAUACACGGGCUGACAACCAUUCAGUGUGGCAUUGUUCUACCAGCCUCAUCUGCUGCUCCUGACAUCCCGUCCUCUGUUAGUUUAAUUUUGAUAAGAUAUAUAACAGAAAAAACAAAAAGGGCUAAAGAAGGGUGUGUCACAGCUCAGCACUAAAACCUGACAGAUACAAAAAGGAGUGUUUGAGUAUUUCUAGGUGAAAGCUUAUAGCUUGUUCUCUCAUGAUGCAUUGAUGUUGGUGUUAGGGGACUCUCCUGAGUAUUCUUUUAUUGUGUGAGCUAUGUUUACGUUGGCUUUUCUUGUGGCCUGUUUUAGUAAUUGUAAAGCAUGGCAUUUUGUCAGUGCAAGGAACAGUCCUUAAAGAGGCAAAAUCACUUCUGUUACAGUUACUAUGAUCUUCCUAAGAUUGUUUUAUUGGACAGACAUACACAAAUCUGUACAACCCUAUUUUUAUCUCACCACCAAAGAAUGUAAAAAUGUAUGUGUACUUAUGUAUAUGUACAGUAUGGAUGUGUGUGUAUGUACAACCUACACAUAUAGUCCUGGGGUGAAAUCCUGGCCCCACUGAAAUCAAAGGGGCAAAGAUUUCACUCCUGGGGCCUUAAAAUUCCACCUGACCUUCAGGAAAGGAGUGUCUUUUUACAGGAACUCAAUGUUAUUCAAUGGAAUUCACCCUGCAGGGCAGGAAAUACCCUGCAGUGCAGGUGGAAUGUUUAGGAUUCUGAACUGCAUGUGUGUGUAUGCACGUACACUGUACCUAAUAUUGUACACACACAGAUAGCACAGAAUACCUCUUACUGAUGAACUCUAGGUAUACUGAGUCUUUGUAUAAUUUUAGAAAUUUAUGCCAACAAUUUACAUGCUAGAUAAAGAGGUUCUGCUGCCAAGAUCAAGAAGUUUCGUUCACCUGCCUGAGCCCUUCAUGCUGCUUUUCUCUGUUGUGAUGUAGCUUAGUGGUGAUUUAGCUUCAAACCGAUUGAACUGAACAUGAAAUGGCCCUGCUAAACUCCUCUAUAUUUUGUCUUUUUCAUCAAUAAAAUAAAUAGCGAGGAUACCACAGUGAACAUUCCUCUUCCCACACAAGGAAUUUGCUGUUUCCUCGUUCGUCCUUAUCUCACUGUUUGUAAUUGACUUCUAUAAACAUCUUCAGUAUAUGUCUGAGGUUAAGUGCAUGUUCUAUUCUGGUCUAUCCCCACAUAAACUAUCACACUCCAUUGUCCAAACCAGACAGAAUUUUAGAAUAUACUUUAAUCAGCUCAACUUGCCUUUAAGUGAAGUACAUCCACCUCAGUGAAUUUGAACUGAACCCACUUAUACCCGGCUUUUGCCACCACCAAAGCAUUUUCAUGGGAACUGUAAUUUAGUAACAACAACAAAAGGGAACAUUUUGCACCAAAGCAUAUCUAGAUGGAAUGGUACUGAAGAAUGCAUUGUGAGGCAAUGUGGGAUUAGCUCUUUCUGUGACCCUGGGCUGGGACUAAAGGUGUAUUGACUCCUGCAUUCUGUUCUACUUUGAGGACAGGAAGUGCUAAGGAUAAGGCACCAAACAAGCAAAAUUUCAACUAUAUAUGAGACUAUGUUGAACACAGCAUCCAAGUAAUCUGAGAGCCAAUCAACAGGCAAUACUGAUAUAAAUGACCUAGUAGAAUCAAACUAAAUGGAAUAUGUUGUGAAAAUUCCCAUCUGUGCAAUUCUCUCCCUCAGCUGCUGGAUUUCAGUCCUUAUUGACUGUUGCCGUGGGCCUUGAUCCAUCCAGUUCAUGGGUAAAUAUAUGUCCCUGCUCUGAGUCAUGGUUGUUACAGUAUGGCGCUGGGUUUACAGACAUUGGUGAACAUGUUUUCCUGCUAUUUGGCAGUUAGUUUAGUUUCAGAAGUGGAUUUUGCAAGCAGACAGAAGCCAUUCAUUGGUUAGCUAAUAAAACAUAGAGUAAAGAAUGAGUUGAAAGCUGUAAAGAGGAAAAGACUGGUCAGAAAACUGAAGGAAACAGAAUUUAUUUAAUCACAUUCUUUCAUUUUAAAAGAAAUGAUGUGUUGCCAUCAGGGUUUUGGAAAGGAUCUCUACAUGAUACAACACUUGGCCUUUCAGUAUGUUUUCUUAUCUUUCUGCUCAAGGUUGCAUAAAACAUAUAGAUGGAUGUCCUGGGGGUUUGUGGAGGUCAGUAAGGUCUGAGUGAGCAGUUUGGAUUGCAAUUCAUGUCCUAGUUAAAAGCAGAUCUGAAUAUGAGUCCUGCUCUGGCCAGAUGCUGAAGGCCUCCUUCAGGGUGCUCAACUCCCAUUCCUGGUACUUGACACUUGGCAGGAUUGAACUUUAAAUUCCCUGUGUACUGUGCUGUAUAUGCAGCCUGAACAAUGGGAAUCUCCACUUUUAGUUAAUGCGGGAGGAAUGCAACAACUGCUAAAAGUGUAGAUGGUGUUUUGCCAGCAUAGUAAUAGGAAGCAAUUCUUGUGUUUGGGGACUGUAUUUUAGUGGUAUUUCCCAAGUGUCAUUAAAGUUAAAUGUCUCUCAGUCAGCUUGCAUAUCCAAAAUCCUUUGGAUCCCCCUCAUUUAACAGGGAUUUAGAAAUUAACAACAAAAAUGUGAUUCAUUUGACAAACGUGAGUCAGGAUUAAUAUUUGCUUAGAAUGGGUGGUUGUUGUUUUUACAACUCAAGAAAGAGAUCUACCACUCAAGAGAGAUCUUGGAGUCAUGGUGGAUAGUUCUC